CCAGCUGCGGACUCUUGUGUAAAAGCUCUCACUGCUUUUAUUGUAAAUGGAAAAGCUCUGCUGGAGCUCGCCGACAAGGAGAGCAGAGAAGGAGGAAACCUGCAGGAGCCAAUUGUCACGUCGAAACUUUGUGGAGUUAAUUGGUGAAAAAUGCCGGAGGAGGAAGAACGGGAGAAGUUAGCCAAAGUCAUCAGACGGUGGAACAACAACAGACUGGACCUGUUUGAGAUAAGCCAACCUGAUGAUGACCUGGAUUUUCACGGCGUGAUGCGCUUCUACUACGAGGACCAUGUCGAGGGAAAUGUGGCGACUAAGUGCCUGCGUGUUUGCAGCAACUCUUCAACGCAUGAGAUCAUUGAAACUCUCUCAGAGAAAUUCCGGCCUGAUAUGAAAAUGCUGACAGCGAGUUAUUCCCUGUAUGAAAUCCACGACAAGAAGGAACGCAAACUGGACCGGGACGAGAGACCUCUGAUCGUUCAACUGAACUGGAACUCAGACAACAGGGAAGGUCGUUUCGUGCUCAAGAAAGACCAGGAGAGUUGUCAGGAAAAUUGUCACGAGAAGGAGAAAGGAAGCGUGAUCCAAAACUUCAAGAGGACACUGUCGAGAAAAGACAAGAAGACUGACAAGAGCAAAACUAAAGCUGCUGACAAUGUUUCAGGAGAAGACGACGGUUCAAGCGAAAAGCCACAGAACAACGGCAUUCAUGUGUCUAACCAUGAGACGAAACAUGGCACUGAAGACAAAAAGCCACAGAGGCAGGCUGCUGCAGAUCAGUCGGGGUUACCAUUAGAGAUCAGAGUCAGUGACACCUCUGAAGAAGCCUUCCUCUCUGCAGUCAUAAAUUACACCAACAGCUCCACAGUUCAUUUCAAGCUGUCGCCUGCAUACAUCCUCUAUGCCACGGGACGCUUUGCUCUGCAGCGCCAUCGCAGCCAGGGCUCUCCACUCUCGGGACGAACACGCGGCGUAACCUUGAUCGCUAACAAAAUGGUGGCCAUGACAAGGACGGUCAUCCAGAAGCAGCAGACCAUCGCUGGGGCUCUCGCCUUCUGGAUGGCCAACUCCUCUGAGCUGCUGAAUUUCUUCAAGCAUGACAAAGACCUCAGCCUGCUCACACAGCAGAGUCAGCUUGAUCUCUCCCACCUGGUGCACAGAACUUACAGUUGCCUGCUCCAGUGUCUCCACAAUGAGCUAACAAAGCAUUUGCCAACUUUUUUCAUCGAUCCUGAGCAACAUGGCAACCUACCGGCCGGAAUAGAAAUGGUGCUAAACACCUUAAUGAACACCAUGUCUCUGCUACGCCGCUGUCGGGUCAGCCCUGCUCUCACCAUUCAGCUCUUCUCCCAGCUCUUCCAUUUCAUCAGCGCGUGGCUGUUCAACCAGCUGAUAAGCCCGGAGGCCGCCGCUCGAGGCCUGCGCUCCCACUACUGGGGAGCAGCUCUUCGCCAGAGGCUUACCGCCAUUGAAGCCUGGGCGGAGAGGCAAGGCCUGGAGCUGGCUGCUGACUGUCACCUCGGACACCUGAUCCAGGCAACCACACUCCUGACCAUGAAUAAGUACUCAAUGCAAGACGCUAAGGACAUCCAGACUACCUGCUUCAAGUUGAAUUCUGUGCAGCUGCAAAUGUUGCUGGCUGGAUACCUCUAUGCAAACACAGAGCCACAAAUCCCCUCUGAUUUGAUUGAUGCUAUUGUGACAGCCGCCGAGGCCUCAGCAGACAGCCUGAUCCGGAGUGAAGGACGAAACAUUCAGUUGGAGGAGAGCCUCGACCUCCACCUGCCCUUCCUGCUGCCCGAGGGAGGAUACUCCUGUGACACCGUAAGAGGAAUCCCACAAGGGUUGAGGGAAUUUAUGGAGCCGAUUUGCCAAAAAGGUCUUUGCUCUUUAACAUCCCAACCGAACUCCAAAGGCGACUGGACCGUGUUUUUCAGGGAAUCAAAUACUCUCGCAAAGAGCCCGUACUUGGCAGUAAACAAAGAGCCCAGAAUUGUACCCUUGACCCUGAAGAAACCUCUCAACAGUGGGAUGGGGGUCAGCAUCGUGGCUGCAAAGGGAUCACAGCGAGAGAACCUCGGGAUUUACAUCAAAUCUAUUGUCAAAGGAGGACCAGCGGAAAUGAAUGGUGGAUUAACAGCUGGAGACCAGCUGCUCAGUGUGGACGGUCAAAGCCUGGUUGGCCUCAGCCAAGAAAGGGCGGCAGCGAUCAUGUUGCAAACUGGCCCUGUUGUGACCUUACAGGUUGCAAAGUUUGCAGCCAAUUACCACGGCCUGGGGACUCUGCUGAGUGAACCAGCCCCAGACAGAAAUACAGGUGAUGAAAUCACUGCUAAGCCAAACGGUAAAGCGGGUGUUCUGCACAGUGCCUCUGAAGAAAUCCACGGAAGAAGCAGAAGAAACAAAGAGCAGAUAAUGCAAAGAAACAGGCAGCUUUAUCGCUCCAACCCGAACAUGACCACAGACCUGGACAGAGAUGAACCUGUUGUCUGUGAUGUGAGAGAGAACACGACCUCUGUGUCCAGCAUCAAUCUUUACAUAGAUACAUUUCAUAGGGACUACAUGACACUUCCAACUAAAAAUUCACAACACAAGGAAACAUCUGAAUCCAGUCAACCACUGCAACAUUUUGUGCCUUUAAAUGGAAGAAGCUCCGCUAAAAACAACUUUAUGCGUCAAGCACUGUCACAGGAGAACUUAUACAUGGAGAGUGGACGCCCCCUGCUGGACACAAGACAAAACAUGUGGGGGCAACAGGAUUGGACUGCAAAACAAACCAUGAGCCGCUCGUCAUCAUUCCCGAUUCGCUCCAGCAUUUCUACUCAUGACAUCCACUCUGAUGUCACUUCUCCUAAAAAGCCACAGCAGAGAAGUCGUACAAGUGGCGCUGGUGUCUGGAGAACUCCCUUUCCCCAACAUUCGACACCUACGCCUUCCACUCAGCCCAUUCGUAUAGACAUCCCAAUAACCAGAGCAGUGCACACACAGUCAAAGUCUCCACUCAUCACCUUCCAGAGUCCAUCAGCGCAGUCAGAGAAGAUGAGACAAACCCUAAUCGGACAUAAACAGGGUUCUCGGAACCAAGCCGACCACACAUAUGCCAUCCCAAUCUCUGCAGCCAAGAAGCUGCCUCCACCCUCUCUUUCAUCACAGCAGCACAGACCCAGCAUCUUCAAGGGUCAAGCAGUAAAACCCCAAGUGAGCAUCACGCCAACGAAACACGUCUCCUUCCAAGAACCUCCCACUCCACAGAAACAGGCCACAGGUCCCAAGAAGCAAGAAGACCCACUGGAGCCGUGUGAUCCGUGGAAAAGGGAAACACAGGAGAAGCUGGAGAAGCAGCGCAGGCUUCAGGCAGUGGAGCUCCUGGAGCAGGAGGUGGAGGAGCUGCAGGCCAAAGUGAAACGCUCAGUGGAGGAGAACGACAGACUCCGCAAACUCAGCCUGGAGUGGCAGUUUCAGAAGAGGCUACGGGAAAUUCAGCAGAGAGGAGAAGACGGAGAUGAGGAUGAAGAUGAAAGUUUAGGCAUGAUGGUGAUGAUACAGCAGCUGGAUACAAGAGCACAGAGCAAAAAAAACUCCGGAGGACACACCCACAAGUACAAAGAGGAGGGACGGCCGACAGGAAAUCACGUCUCUCAGAAGGAAGACGAGGCGAACACAGGUCAACAGUCAAGUGGACAUACUGAAGACGUUCAUGACAUGAAAUCAAAAGAGAACCACGAGGAGAGAACCAAGAGCGCGACUGCUCCCGAAAAGCUCACGUUCAGGGAGCGUCAGCGUCUCUUUGCCCUGGCGUCCAGUGCGUAA